AAAAAAGAAGGUUAUUUGUAACGUUCUCCUGCAAACGGUGGGGGGUGGGAAUAUAGAAAAGCUUUAAAAUGAAAAAGGACGGUAAACGGAUGACUGUGUAUAAGGCGGCGGCGUCCGAACGUUUGAAUUCCAUGCAGUUUAUAUAGCCGUUGAUCUUGUUAGGAAAGACGACUCAACUGGUUGUGAUUGUAGCAGCUCUCUCACAUCUCUGUGGUUGACGAAGCUGUUUGACUUGUUUCACGGAGAGGCUUACAUGUGCAUCAAGGUGGCGAACCGACGUGAUUCCGGUGAGUUUGUGAGGUACCCAGCUGCAGAAAACGAUGGUGGCGGUGGCAGCGGCAAUGAUGAUGACGAUGAGGCUUCGCGGCUGAAUACCACAGCAUUGAUGAUGCCACCGAUGAUGUUUUCGGAUUACAGCCGGACGCAGGAGAUGUCUGCUAUGGUGUCGGCUCUGACGCAUGUUGUCGCCGGGGAGAGGCCGACCGCUGCGACGGGUGAUUGGGUUUCGAAUACAGGCAGCUCAACUACGACUUUGGUGUCUUCACCUUCGUCUUCCUAUUCUUCAUCUUCUUUGGGUGGUGGAAGUGGUGGAAGUGGACAGAAGAGAGGACGUGAAGAACAGAGCCUUCAGUUGAAUGAAUCUGUUCUGAGGUUUUACAGAGGAUAUGGAAAUUUUCAGAACUUUCAAGGCGAAUCAUCAUCGGCUGAUAUUGCAGCAACUGAAGAAGGUCCAAGCAUUUUACCCAGCACAGCGGCAACAGUUUCCACCACAGCAACUCCAACCACUACAAUCGAAGAAAGCGCCUCCACCUAUGGAGGUGGUGAAAGGAGAAGAAGAUACAGGGGAGUUAGACAGAGGCCAUGGGGAAAAUGGGCCGCUGAGAUAAGAGAUCCACACAAAGCUGCUAGGGUCUGGUUAGGCACCUUCGACACUGCAGAAGCAGCCGCUAGAGCUUACGACGAAGCCGCUCUCAGAUUCAGAGGAAACAGAGCCAAACUCAACUUCCCAGAGAACGUCAUAAUUCGGCCACCGAUGCCCGUUUCUCCAACAACGCUUUUGCCCUCUUCAGCUUCUCCAUCAACUCUUAUGUCAGCCUCCCAAAUGUCACAACCAUUCCUCCAACCCCAAGCUCUACAACAGCAACACCAGAUGCAAAAUGCUGCAAGUAUUGCGAGAGAUUAUGCAGAUUAUUCACAGCUAUUGCAGAGCACUGUAGAUUUUCAGAGGAAUCAACCUACAAGUCUUCUAGAUCAACUUCUCCUCUCUUCUUUACAGUCUACUUCGACUUCUUCGUUUGCUUCUUCAUCUCAAGCUAUUAGUGCUGCUUCAUCACCCGCCUCUUCUGCUUUUCCUCUGUUUUACACAAGAGAAAACCAAAUGGGAUACCACAUUAGGCCACCGGACAGUAGUGGUCCGUCACCUUCGUCUACUUUUCAUCCGCCGGCUUGGACGGAUUCAAGUCAUUACCCUCCUUCUUCCAGUUGAUGCUCCUUUUUCAACUUUAUCCAUAUUUUGAUUUUGACAUAUAUACUUCUUGGCUUUAUGCGUUAUUGCGGGAUUGAUCGUAUCAUUCAUGAUGAUUAUUAGUUGAGAUUCUUUCACAGUUGAUUGUAUUUUUAUUAUUGUUGUUAUUUAUUAUUAUUAGUCUUUUUUAUAUAUAUAAAGAAAGAGGAAUUGAAAAUAUCAA